GGGGAGGGAGGGGGCCGCCAUGCCGAGGGGGCGGCCUCCCAGCGCCAGCGGGGACAGCGGCACGGCCGGCGCCCGGGCAGAUGGUGUGCUGACACCGAAUAUAGAGAACGGUGAUUUUCCCUACCAAGUACCCAGCUUCCCUAAGUGUGAGAUCUGUUUGCUGUCUUUCCCAAAAGAGACCCAGUUCCAGCGCCAUAUGAGGGAUCAUGAGCAAAAUGACAAGCCUCACCGAUGUGACCAGUGUUCAAUGUCAUUUAAUGUUGAAUUCAACUUGACACUUCAUAAGUGUACUCACAAUGGCGAAGAUCCUACAUGUCCUGUGUGCAACAAGAAAUUCUCCAGAGUGGCCAGCUUGAAAGCUCAUAUAAUGCUGCAUGAAAAAGAAGAGAAUCUUAUCUGUUCAGAGUGUGGAGAUGAAUUUACGUUGCAGAGUCAGCUGUCCAUACACAUGGAAGAGCAUCGUCAAGAACUGGCAGGCAAUAGGGUCCACAGCUGCAAAUCUUGCAAAAGGGAAUUUGAAACUUCCUCACAACUGAAGGAGCAUAUGAAAACUCACUAUAAAAUAAGGGUAUCAAGUACCAGGUCUUAUAACAGAAAUAUUGACAGAAGUGGAUUCACCUAUUCAUGUCCUCACUGUGGAAAGACGUUCCAGAAACCAAGUCAGUUAACUCGACAUGUUAGAAUUCAUACAGGUGAAAGACCGUUUAAAUGUAGUGAAUGUGGAAAAGCCUUUAACCAGAAGGGGGCGUUGCAGACCCAUAUGAUCAAGCACACUGGUGAAAAACCCCAUGCUUGUGCCUUUUGUCCUGCUGCCUUUUCUCAGAAAGGCAAUCUUCAAUCACACAUACAGAGAGUUCAUUCAGAGGUGAAGAAUGGCCCUACCUACAACUGUACAGAAUGUAGCUGUGUCUUCAAAAGCUUGGGUAGUUUAAACACGCAUAUCAGCAAGAUGCACAUGGGUGGUCCACAGAAUUCUGCAAGCUCUUCAACAGAUGUAUCUCAUGUUACAGCGGACUCUGUCACCCAGCCUUUAACAACAUCUCCUGCUAAUCUUUUGCAACCUGUUGAUAAUAAGUGGAAGAAUGCCACACAUUUCCGGUCUCCACUACUUCAGCAGACAGAAAACCAGGUGUCUUCAGCUACUGCUAAUCAGGGACAACAGGCUGUAACUGAUGUCAUCCAGCAACUCCUUGAGUUAUCAGAACCAGGUGCUGUAGAAAAUAGCCAGCCUCAACAACCUGGUCAGCAGCUCAACAUUGCUGUGGGACUCAACAGAGAUAUUUUGCAGCAAGCUUUAGAGAAUAGUGGAUUGUCUUCAAUUCCUGUCUCUGCACAUUCUACUGACUGCAACCAAGCUAAGACUCCUGGGACCCAGGAUCAGAACACGGAUGUCCAGACUCUCUCAAAUCAUCAGGCUGACUCUAAUAAUGCAGAACAAGAUAAGGAACAAGAGAGCACAGAUAAACUGGAUAAAAAAGAAAAAAAGGUUAUUAAGAAAAAAUCGCCAUUUUUACCUGGUAAUGUUGCUACUGUUUGCUAUUUUUUGUGCAGUAAGGACUGCAGUAUUUCUGGGGAUGUUGAUGACUUCAUAAAGGGAUUUCUCAAAACAUAUUGUGGAUCAUCUACGUUAUCUAAAAUACAGUGUUUGUGUUCUAUACGUGAAGAAAAUGGAAUAAGGUGGCAUGUUUGUCCAUACUGCUCUAAAGAAUUUAAAAAACCAAGUGAUUUAGUGCGUCACAUUCGCAUUCAUACCCAUGAGAAGCCAUUCAAGUGUCCCCAGUGUUUUCGUGCAUUUGCCGUUAAGAGUACUCUCACAGCACACAUAAAAACACAUACUGGCAUUAAAGCUUUCAAGUGCCAAUUUUGUAUGAAAUGCUUUUCCACCUCAGGGAGUUUAAAAGUUCAUAUACGUCUACAUACAGGUGUUAGGCCUUUUGCUUGUCCUCACUGUGACAAGAAGUUUAGAACAUCUGGCCACAGGAAAACUCACAUUGCUUCACAUUUUAAACAUAGUGAACUAAGAAAGAUGCGACAUCAACGUAAACCUGCAAAAGUUCGAGUAGGAAAGACGAGUGUUCCUGUACCAGAUAUCCCUUUGCAGGAGCCCAUACUCAUCACUGAUUUAGGUCUUAUCCAACCAAUUCCAAGGAAUAGCCAGUUCUUCCAAAAUUAUUUUAACAGUAAUUUUGUGAAUGAUGCAGACAGACCGUAUAAAUGUUUUUAUUGCCAUCGAGCCUAUAAAAAAUCUUGUCAUCUUAAACAACAUAUCAGGUCGCAUACUGGUGAAAAGCCCUUUAAGUGCUCUCAGUGUGGAAGAGGUUUUGUGUCAGCAGGAGUUCUGAAAGCACAUAUUAGAACACAUACUGGACUGAAAGCUUUUAAGUGUCUUAUAUGCAACGGGGCCUUCACUACUGGUGGUAGCCUCAGGCGGCACAUGGGGAUCCAUAAUGACCUUCGGCCGUAUAUGUGUCCGUAUUGUCAAAAAACAUUCAAAACCUCAUUAAACUGUAAAAAACAUAUGAAGACUCAUAGGUAUGAACUUGCACAGCAACUUCAGCAACAUCAGCAGUCUACUUCAAUAGAUGAUUCUACAGUAGAUCAACAGGGCAUUCGUGUUUCUGCACAGAUGCAAGUAGAGAUUGAAAGUGAUGAGCUGCAGCAGUCAGAAGCUGUUGCAACAGAUCAGCAAGCAAUUUUAGAGUUAGACCAGCAGCCAGUAGGAGGCACAGAAGAAACAGCGCUUGAACAACAAUUGGCUGAUCAACCUUUAGAGCAAGAUGAGGAUAGAUUUGUGACAUCGCAGCACGCUUUACAGGAAAACAUGACUCAAUUUGAGCAACAAUCUAUAACACAGCAGUCAUUUGAUCAACAGGGCUUAUCACAAGGAUUUGCAGUUAAUGAGAGCUACAAUCAACAGACUCAGUUUCCAGCUGUUCAGCAGCUGCAGGAUUCAAGCACACUUGAAUCUCAGGCUCUUUCAACAAGUUACCAUCCACCAUCCCUUCUUCAAGUUCCUAAUACAGAUGCUAUUAAUGUAACUACUCGCUUGAUACAAGAUCAGUCAUCACAAGAAGAGCUUGAAUUGCAUACCCAAAGGCCUCAUUUUCUUGAGGACAGUGAAGAUCAAAGCAGGCGUUCAUAUAGAUGUGAAUAUUGCAACAAGGGUUUUAAGAAAUCCAGCCAUUUGAAACAACAUGUACGAUCGCAUACUGGUGAGAAGCCUUAUAAAUGCCAACUAUGUGGCCGUGGCUUUGUUUCCUCAGGAGUUCUUAAGUCACAUGAAAAGACUCAUACAGGAGUUAAAGCAUUCAGCUGUAGCAUUUGCAAUACAUCCUUCACAACUAAUGGCAGCCUUACAAGGCACAUGGCAACUCACAUGAGCAUGAAGCCUUACAAGUGCCCAUUCUGUGAUGAAAGCUUUCGAACAACUGUUCACUGCAAAAAGCAUAUGAAAAAACAUCAAGCAGUCUCCUCAGCUGUAGCAUCAGCUACAGAAACAGGAGGGGGAGUUGCGUGUGUUGAAGAUGAUGAUGAAAAUUCUGAAAGAGCUUCCAGAAAAUCUCGUCCUGGUGUCAUAACUUUUACAGAAGAAGAAACAGCAGAACUGGCAAAAAUUAGGCCUCGAGAAAGUGCUACUGUGUCAGAAAAAGUUCUUGUUCAGUCUGCUGCAGAGAAAGACAGAAUUAGUGAGAUCAAAGAUAAGCAGGCAGAAUUGGAAGCAGAGCCUAAAUAUGCCAACUGUUGUAGUUACUGCCCCAAAAGCUUUAAAAAGCCCAGUGAUUUAGUCAGGCAUGUUCGUAUCCAUACUGGAGAGAAGCCGUAUAAGUGCGAAGAAUGUGGGAAGAGUUUCACUGUAAAAUCCACUCUAGAUUGUCAUGUUAAAACACAUACAGGUCAGAAGCUCUUCAGUUGUCACGUGUGCAGUAAUUCUUUUUCUACAAAAGGAAGUCUAAAAGUCCACAUGCGUCUGCAUACAGGAGCAAAGCCAUUUAAAUGUCCACACUGUGAUUUACGGUUUCGUACUUCUGGGCGCAGAAAAACCCACAUCCAGUGUCAUUAUAAACCAGAAACAAAGAAGGUUAGGAAGCCUGUUGCCCGCACUUCAGCUGAGGGAUUGCAGCCAGUCAGUCUUCUUAAUUCAUCUUCAACAGAUCCUAAUGUUUUCAUCAUGAAUAACUCUGUUUUGACAAGUCAGUUUGAUCAAAAUUUACUUCAACAAGGACUUGUGGGCCAGGCUAUCCUGCCUGCUUCCGUGUCAGCUGGAGGUGACUUAACUGUGUCCUUGACAGAUGGUAGCUUGGCCACUCUUGAAGGAAUACAGUUACAACUUGCUGCUAAUCUGGUUGGACAAAAUGUUCAAAUCUCUGGAAUUGAUGCUGCUAGUAUCAACAACAUAACAUUACAGAUUGAUCCAAGCAUUCUACAGCAAACCUUACAGCAGAGUAAUAUACUUGCUCAGCAACUAACUGGAGAUCCCAGUAUGGCUCCACAGAAUCCCUCCCUCCAGACAGCGGAAAAUGCAGUGCCAGCUAACGUGGUUAUUCAGCCUGUAUCAGGCCUGUCUUUGCAGCCUACAGUAACAUCUUCAGCUAACAUGACAAUUGGAUCCCUAUCUGAGCAAGAGUCUGUGCUGACGACCAGUGCUAGUGGUACACAGGACAUCUCUCAGGUCAUGACUUCACAGGGUAUGGUGUCAUCUUCAAAUGGACAACAUGAGAUAACAUUGACCAUAAAUAAUUCCAGUUUGAGUCAAGUUCUAGCUCAUGCUACAGGUUCUACUACUGCAAGCUCAUCAGGAAGUCCUCAAGAAAUCACUCUUACAAUAUCUGGUCAAGAUCUUAUUCAGCACAAUUCUGGAAGCAGUGAUCUGAAUAGUAGCUUAAGGUUGACAGCACCAACCAUCAACAGUCAGAGUACAGGUGCAACAUUAACUAUAAGUAAUGACCACCUUCUUUCUCAGGGCACUUCACUAAAUGCUCCAGAGCUUAAUACAACAACUGGAACAAACCUUCCUUCAACAACACCCAUAUCUCAAUCUACAGUUUCUGCCCAGAAUUUGGUCAUGUCUUCAUCAGGAGUUGGAGGAGAUGGUAGUGUCACUUUGACCCUUGCUGAUACUCAGGGAAUGUUGUCAGGUGGUCUUGAUGCAGUUACACUUAAUAUCACAUCACAGGGUCAGCAGUUCCCUGCUAUACUCGCGGAUUCCAGUCUCGCUAGCCAAAGUGGGUCAGGCUCACAGCAAGUCAUACUGGUGAGCCAUACACCCCAUUCAGCAGCUACAAACUCUGAUGAAAUAACGUAUCAGGUGACAGAGGUUUCUCCUAAUGUGACUAAAAGCAAUCAAGCAGAAAAAGAAGGUCGUGUGCACCAGUGUUUUGAGUGUAGUCAGACCUUUUCUUCAGCCACCAUGCUGAUGCAUCACAGUAAAGAGGUUCACGGCAAGGAAAGAAUACAUGUUUGUCAUGUCUGCAAUAAAGCCUUUAAGCGGGCAACACAUCUCAAGGAACACAUGCAAACCCAUCAGGCUGGACCUUCACUGAGUUCCCAGAAACCUCGGGUGUUUAAGUGUGAUACCUGUGAAAAAGCUUUUGCGAAGCCAAGUCAGUUGGAGAGACAUUGUCGCAUUCACACAGGGGAACGGCCAUUUCAGUGUACGCUAUGUGAAAAAGCUUUUAACCAGAAGAGUGCUCUUCAAGUUCACAUGAAAAAGCACACGGGAGAAAGGCCUUACAAAUGUGAUUACUGUGCAAUGGGAUUUACACAGAAAAGCAAUAUGAAACUUCAUAUGAAACGGGCUCAUGGUUACACUGGUCCUGUGCAAGAACCUGCUAGUAAUCAAGAACAAGAAGGGGAAGAUAUUAGUCGUGCUCUGAAUUUAGAGGAAGUGGUACAAGAAUCGUCAAAUGAAUGGCAAAAUAUAGGCAGUGUUUUUCGAUGACACCUUGAUGUCUGAAAGCUGACUUUUUUUUUUUUUUUUUUUUUGGAACUUGGGUUUCUCUAAAGAAGUUUUCAGAGAAGGGAAAAGUUGGAUUUUACAGUUGAAACUUCAAGCAUUGGAAAUAUUAACAAUAAAAUAAUAUAUUAUAGGAUUUUUUUUUAAUUAUUUGCAAAAAUUACCUAAAAGAAUCGAUGUCCUUUUUUUAAGCUUGUAGAAAAAUAUUGUGAAAUCAUCACUUAAUCUGUGCUAAGUUGUCUGUGAAUGAAUGAACUCAGGUAAUACUGUAUACAGUUUCAUCUUUUAAUUCACAGCCAGUAUAUCUAUUUGAAAAAUGAACUGGAACUUCAUACUAGAGUAGAAUUUUUAAAGGAGGGGAAUAAUAACUUCAUGGGAAAACCAUGAAGCUGUUAGCUUUCUUUUUUUUUUUUUUCUUUUUACCUAUUUAAAGAAAUAAUUGAGUUCAGAAACAAAAUGUUACAAGUAGGUGCAUGCAGUAAAAAGUAGUUCUUUUCUUUUUACAACUAGAUGCAUGCAGCAAAAGUAGUUCUUUUCUUUUUACAAGGCACGUGAAAAGGCUCUAUUUUUGUUUUGUUAGUGCAUUUUCAGAAUGUUGAAAUAAAUUGCCAUGAAUGCAUGGCUUUUCUUGAGUUAUGCUCUUGAGAGAGAGCAUGUUCAUUUCCAUUCCAACCACAGAGGCAGGUGGUUGUUUCUACAUAAAAGUGCUUGAGGUUUAUAACUCAGCAGUUACUAUUUAAAGAGAAUUCAAAUCAGGAAGGGUUGCAAGGAAGGCCUCUUUUAUGUUUGCUGUAUUGGAUUAGCAGGUACGUCUCCCAGUGUCUGUGAAAGGCACAGCCAAAUGCUAAAUUUGGGAAGUCAACAUAAAGUUUUAUGUUAGCAGUCAGAAAAUGUGGUGCACGCUGUUACCUAUGUUAUACAAAAUUCCCAGUGCUGUAAACAGUUACUUCAAAUCUGUAAAUUACUCAUUGUUUUCUUUGUGGAUUUUGGAAAUAUGUUACUUUUAUUUGUUGUUUAAGUCAUUGUUUCAUCAAAACUACCUAGAUGACUAAAGCAAUGCUUUGAAAGGUGCCACUUAAAUCUAUUCAUAGCAAAGAAACACUGGAGUAAAGACAUAGUCAUCUUUUAGACAUUCCAAAGACAAGCUCUUUUCUUAUUUUUACCUUGUUCUUUUGAAUUUUAUUUAUAUGUUACAUAUAUAUAUAGAUAUAUAUGUGUGCUUGUGUGUAUAUAUAUAUAUGUAUAUUUAAAGUUAUAUGAGCCUCUAUGUGGCUGAUCAGUAUAUUUUGUAAAUACUAAUCCUGGUUGCAGGAAGUUCAUCUUUUCGGUUUGCUGCAAGUACUCCUAGAUCAGUAGUGGUUUCACUGUACUAUAAUACAGAGCUGAAUUUUAAUUUACAUUCUGAAAGAUGAUUGCUCUCAGAUCCAAAAAGCUCUCUUUUGUAAAUAUUGUCUAUACUUUGUCUAUGAUACCAACUAGUUAUUUCAGAUUGCUGAAGCAAGAAAUUACUGUUUUUUCAAUAGGGCAUCUCUUGAUUCUUUUGUUAACUCUUUUGGCAUAUGUAUAUAAGUAAUAUAGUUGUUGACAUGAAAAUAACACUUUUGUUAUGUGGAAUAUUUAAUUCAAAAACAUGUUAAAUAAUAUUACUCUUUUCCUAAA